CAAUAUUAUUAUUCACCACAUUUCUUCUACACUACUCUAGGAUAAUAUAUAGUUUUUUCCCAAUUGAAUAACACUUUUGAGUUGUUUUGUCAAUUGGGGAAAUUUUAGCAAUGGAGUUGAAGAAAUUGUGGUCAUUUUGUUUAGUAAUAUUUGUGGCAAAUUUUAUGGGGAGGGUAAAUGGAGACCCUCAAGUGCCUUGUUACUUUGUAUUUGGAGACUCAUUGGUUGAUAAUGGCAAUAACAAUAAUAUUGCUUCUUUGGCUAGGGCUAACUACAUGCCCUACGGUAUUGAUUUUCCUGCUGGACCGACCGGAAGGUUUAGUAACGGAAAAACUACAGUUGACGUUAUUGCUGAGCAAUUGGGAUUUGAUGAUUAUCCUCAACCAUAUGCCCAAGCUAAUGGUCAGGAUGUAUUGAGAGGAGUUAAUUAUGCAUCUGCUGCUGCUGGGAUUAGAGAUGAAACUGGCCAGCAAUUGGGAGGAAGGAUAAGUUUCAGAGGACAAGUAGCAAACUACCAGAACACAGUAUCACAAGUAGUACAAAUACUAGGAGAUGAAGAUCAGGCAGCCAGUUAUCUGAGCAGAUGCAUUUACUCAGUGGGACUUGGUAGCAACGAUUAUCUAAACAACUAUUUCAUGCCUAAUUACUAUCAAACUAGCCGCCAAUACAACCCUCAACAGUAUGCUGAUGUUCUUAUUCAAGAGUACUCUCAGCAUAUUAGGUCACUAUACAACUAUGGGGCAAGGAAGUUUGCAUUGAUAGGAAUAGGACAAAUUGGGUGCAGCCCAAAUGAGUUGGCCCAAAGAAGCCAAGAUGGAAGUACAUGUGAUGAAACUAUCAACUCAGCUAAUCGGCUCUUCAAUAAUGGGCUUAGAUCUUUGGUCCAACAACUCAACAAUGAGCUCUCUGACGCUAGAUUGGUUUACAUCAAUGUUUAUGACAUGUUCCAAAACUUGAUUGACAACCCUUCUGCUUAUGGGUUUAGAGUAACAAAUGCAGGGUGUUGUGGAGUAGGAAGGAACAAUGGUCAAAUUACAUGUUUGCCCUUACAAACACCAUGCCCCAACAGAAAUGAAUAUGUAUUUUGGGAUGCAUUUCAUCCAGGGGAGGCUGCUAAUGUCAUUAUUGGAAGGAGGUCAUACAGGGCACAAACAUCAUCUGAUGCUUACCCCUUUGACAUUGAGAGGCUAGCACAAAUUUAAUUAAAUUAUAUCUACUAAUUAUAGUUAUAAUUAUAAUUAAUCAAGCACAAUGUGUUGUUAUUAUCAACAAAAUUAAACAAUAUAUUUGUACUUAGAGGAGGCUGAAUUAUAUGUUUGAAUUUCCAAAUGGCUGAGGAGUACAAGGGUUCCUCGGUUGCUUCAUCAAAGAAAAGUUUUCAUUUGUGGUUA